CUCCCCGAUGCUCCCAAAUCCUCCGAUCAGAGUAAACCACAUGCUCUCUGUUCCAAUGCGUAGCUUUCCCAAGGCCCUGGUUAUUUCCCUUCCUGCGCUUUUCGCAGUAACGUUCAUUCAUCGAGCCAGUGGAAAUGUUCAAGUUUGAAGGCACACCAACUCGGGCCGUUCGAUGGCGGAACCAAACGCACUGGCCCACCAAGUACUUGCUCGCUGGCUUUAUUCUAACUCUUUUUGGCGUCUAUAAUCUCAGCAGACUCCAACAUUUUUCGUGCCUUCCCCUUUUCCGAUUUUCUAAGCAGGCUACUGGCGAACCCGGGGCGAUUCUCUGGGGACCUUGUCCUGGCGGUGUAUACACUGGUAUUGACUGCGGUUCUAUUGUCGUUCCGAAGGAUUACUUCAACCCAAGCGCCGGUACAUCUACAAUAGCUAUUGCGCGCCAAAACGCGACCAAGCACAAAAAAGGAUCUGUGUUUUUGAAUCCCGGGGGCCCGGGUGGUUCAGGAGUGAACCUCCUACUUCGAGCAAGAGAACAUAUCACUGAGCUGUUGGGCGACCAGUGGGAUUUGAUUGGCUUUGACCCGCGUGGAAUAGGACAGUCAACCCCUGCGACCAAAUGUUUCUCAUCAGCCCUCGAGGCCCAGCUUUUUGUAGCCAACACUGUCAUCGAGCAGGGAAUCACGGUUUCAUCCAUCUCAAAUCUCUCUUCUCCGUUAUUGCGCGAUCAGCUCAUUGAACAGCACAAGCAAUUUUUGGCUCUGAAAAAGAGCCAGGCGGAGUCCUGCGGCACACAUAUGGGAGAUGAACUACGAUACAUGGGCACGGCUACUGUUGUGAGAGAUAUGAACUUUAUGAGUCAAGUAUUUGACGGUGAAGGAGCAAAGAUCAAUUACUGGGGCGGCUCGUACGGCUCAAUACUUGGCGCUUAUCUUGUGAAUAUGCUUCCUCACCGUAUCGGCUACGCCGUAAUCGACGGAAUUGUAAAUCCCAUUGAUUGGUCCAGUGAACCAUCGCACAAGUGGCCCUUCAAAUGGCUGUCCUCCACUGAGAAGACUUAUCGCAUGUAUCUGGAGGACUGCUCUCGGGCUGGGCCGUCCCUGUGCCCACUAACGGCAUACCAAGACGAGCCGUGGGAGCACCUCGCACAGAGACUCGAGCAAUUCUUCGACCACUUAGCCGUGGAACCCCUCGCUACCCCCAGCUCCUCCCGAUCCCGACCCGGAUACCUGACGUCAGGCGCCGCACGAGGCCUUCUCCUCAUCCAUCUCGAGCGCCCCGGAAUGUGGCCGGCGAGCGCCAAAGCCUUCGCGGAAGCCAUGGCGGGCAACGGCACGCAGCUGCACGACUGGAUCGUCCCCCCCUCGGGCAUCUCCCACGAGAACGACGCAGCGCGCCUGGCGGUCACCUGCCUGGACUCGCCCCCGCCAGGCUCGGUGGCGGACGUCCCCUCUGCGGAGGAUCUGGCGGAUGAGGGGCUGAGGACCCUGCGCGAGGUGUCGCCUCAUUUUGGUAUGAGCGUCGGUAUGGGUGAGCCUGAUGGGGGGUGUCAGUAUUGGCCUGCGGAGGGACCAGAGAGGUUUACCGGGCCGUGGAACGCGACGCUGGAUAUACCCAUGCUUGUUAUUAGCAAUACGGCCGAUCCCGUGACGCCCAUUUCGAGUGGAGUACUGAUCAACUCCCUGAUGCCUAAUUCGUCCGUUCUCGUUAUUCAAGAGGGUCCGGGGCACACAUCUAUAUCCAUGGUCUCUCUUUGUACGAUGAAGCUCCAGCGCCAGUACAUGUCUGAAGGCAUCGUACCAGCGAACGGUACGCGGUGCGCCGUCGAUAAUCCGACCUUCCCCGAGCCGGGAUUCUGGAGGGAGAAGAUGAAGGCUUUGAGUCCGGAAGACGCCAAGUUGGUAAAGGCAGUUACAAUGAUUCAGGCGGCCCUUUUUGAAGGCGGGGACGGCGUAACGAAAUUGUCGUAAAGGGUCGUUCCAAAUCAGUGGUAAAUCAUUCAUUAAAUUCAAAGUAUCCGAAAUAAGCGUGAAUACUUAAAGUAGUAUUGGAAUAAAAGUCCAAAGGGUUACAAAUUCAAUGACAAAUGUACUUGCCGUGAAACGGG